GCCACGACUAGAAUUGAUCAGGGAUCUACCUGAGUGGUGUCAGAUUUGCUAGCGCUUCUCAAGUCGCCUUCUCCCUUUUUUUUUCUCGAUUCUAAAUUUUCAGCCUCGUUUGUCUGUUGGGCUGUUUUCUCGUUCAAUACCGUACGAUAGUAAUUCGUACUUUAUCUAGCCAUUCUAGUCCCACUCCACCGGUGUCUUGGGCGACUCCUCGGCACGCGCCAACCGAUUUUUAGUGGUUCCUGGUAGGUACUGUACGAACCACCAACACCGUCUUUUCCGGUCUGCCUCAAGUCGAGCCGUUGUCCUUGUCGUUGUCGUCGUCAUCGCUUCAGGGCGAAAAAAAGACCAUCCAAACGUCUCAAAGUUUCACGACUCACGAGACUAUUUCAAUUAUCUAAUUUAAUAGUAUGAGAACGUCGCCUUCGUAGGCAGAUUCAAUUCCAGUGUAGAAUCUCUCUACAGUCCAGUCGACACGGCCUGUUCAAAGGCAAACCUUGUGCAACAAUCGAGUUCUCAUCUCCACGUUUGCGAUCUCGACCGCAACCAUGAAGCUUCGGAGCAUCAUCCUCGCUUCAUCCCUCGCAAUAACCGCUCUGGCUGGUCCGGAUGCUGCCGCCGUCGCGGACAAGAGCUCCAAUGCCGUAACAGCACCGGGCACCAAGGCGGGAGCAACCAAGGAUGCCCCCGUCGACGGCAAGGACGGCAGGCCGCACCAUGGACCUUUUGUAGAGAUCGAGAACUUGCGCGACAAAGGAUCGCCGGCAGCUUCCAGCGACUCUGACAUCCCAACGCUCAAGAAGGACCUGCCAGUGCUCAAAGACAGGCCGUCGGACCCUACCGUCGUCAACGGCAAGAAGAUCCCCGAGUCGAACGACGGCAUCAUGGACGACAAGAACCGGGCGCACCCGAAGGAGGGCACGACAGGAACCAGCGGUGGCGUAAGCGAGAAGGACAGGGAGCGCAAGGCCAAGGAGGGCCAGACGGGCGAGCGGGUCGAGAAGAAGCCAGAGACUCCUAAGGAGGCCCGGCCGCUUUCGCACAGCGAGCAGGAAAAGGUGCUGAAGAGCGGCGGAGGCAAGGACGUCAAGGACAAAGAUUUGGCAUCGCUGAAGGAUACCAAGGCAAAGCUCGCGUCAUCCAUGGAUAAAGAUGCCAAGGACAAUGCAGAUGAUACAGAUAAGUUCUCGGGACUGGAUAAGCCAUCAGACCUCCCGGGGAAGACACACGACAAGGCUCCUCCUAUCCCUAACUCGGCUAACAAGGACCAUCUCGAUGUCACCCAGGGCAAGAAGCAGCCCGUAUCGACUGGCAAGACCCCGCAGCUCGCUGCCGGCGCCGAUGGCGUUCUUCAGCCUCUGCACUCGUUCUGCCUCUCGCUCACCAUGAUCCUUUUCUCCGAGAUUGGCGACAAAACCUUCCUUGUGGCCGCUCUCAUGGCCAUGAAGCACGACCGCAUGGUCGUUUUCUCCGCCGCUUUCGCCGCCCUCAUCACCAUGACGAUCCUGUCGGCAUUCCUGGGUCACGCCGUGCCGGCUCUGAUCCCCAAGAAGCUCACCAGCUUCAUGGCGGCUGGCCUCUUCUUCGUCUUCGGCGCGCGGAUGCUGCGCGAGGGUAUGGCCAUGUCUCCAGACGAAGGCGUCUCGGCCGAGAUGCACGAAGUGGAGCUCGAGCUGGAAGAGAAGGAGUCCCUCGCGCGGAAGCAAGGUAUGCGUGGCCGCGCCUCGCCCCAUGCUUUGGAGAUGGGUCUCGGCGGCAACGGCCACACGUCUCGCAAGUCUCGUGGCCACAACUCUCGCUUCUCCGCGCCCCACCGCAGCCCCUCGACCUCGCCUAGCCGGAGCCCGAGCCCGCGCCGGGGCGGCAGUGUCAUGAGCGCUCUUGCUGGUCUCAACAACCUGCUCAGCCUGCUGCUCAGCCCGGCUUGGGUUCAGACCUUUGUUAUGACAUUCCUGGGCGAGUGGGGCGACCGCAGCCAGAUUGCGACCAUUGCAAUGGCGGCUGGACAGGACUACUGGUGGGUUACGCUAGGUGCCGUGUUGGGACACGCGUGCUGCACGGGUGUUGCCGUCAUUGGUGGGCGGGCCAUUGCCGGGAAAGUCAGUCUCAAAGUUGUCACUGUGGGCGGUGCCUUGGCAUUCCUUCUCUUUGGAUUCAUCUACUUCAUUGAGGCCUUUUACACGUGAGAAUAUGAUGAAAACACAACCAGCCAGCGCGUUUGAAGCAGCAUGCCAGCUCAGCAGUCGUCGAUUGAGAUGGCAAACUCUCAUCACCAUGCGCAGGCACUAUAGAAGCACCGAAUUACUACUAUUCUUGUAAUAUGACGACCAAAAAAAAAGCCAACACCACAACAAACUUGUCUUCUCCACGCAUACAUCAACAUGUCAGAAUCUUGUAUUUCUUUCUUACUUUUUAUUCUUGUCAUCACGGGCACACAACCAUUUUUUCGGGAAUAGACGCAAUGAGGGGGCCUCAAAUGUAACGCUGUAAACUCUUUUUUCUAUUUUUUAGUGUCUCUUCUGGGGCCACUCUCUCCAGGGGCAACCAGGUACUGCGGGAAAGGCGGAACGGUCAAACCUACAAUAAGGGGGAAAAAAGGAGGGAAGUAUGGAAUAAUCUUGUCUUUGCUCCGCUUUUGCUUCUUAGUCUGGACAGGAAUUCAAUUGUAUGAUACCAAAAGAAUGAGGACAAAGAAGGCAGGUAUCGCUGAUUCUAUAUUUGUAUGGUUAGCGCUGACUGCUGAGUAUGGUAUGACCAUACAUGAAUGGCCUGCGUUCCCGGGAGAUUAGCGAGAGGCCUUUUUGCCAAGCUUUUGUAACAGAACAGUCAAAGCGGAUGCUGUAAAUGUUUACGUGGGUAUUAACAGCAUCGGCAAUUCGUCAAGUUCUUUAUCGAGUCGUAGCAGGAGGAGUAGGUAAUGCAGGUACAUAAUGUAUGCAAUAGACAAAAGAUAAAGGCCGCA